AAAUAUUUUUUUAUGAUACAUUAUGAGCAUGUACCUUAACUUUAUGGAACAAAUAAUUACAAACUUUAAUAUAAAAUAAGAUAUUAUGUCUAGGGAGUUAGGGACAUAAUGAUUUGUUUAGCGAUGCUGGAUAAUUAAAUAUAAUUUGAGCAUAAUGAAGAGAAUAAAAAGGUGAAAUCAAGCCAAACACAAAGUGAAGCAGUUGAUGAGCCAUGUUUGCUUAUGAGUGGAGGAUAUAUAAAAUAUAUUCAAUUUUCAUUUUUGUUGAUAAUAGAAAAGAGAUUCACUUUAAAGGAGGAGGUUAGUCUUUUUCACUUUUUUCAAAAUGUGAUGAGUGACAUAAAAAAAAAUAUAAUCUUAGAGGGAUUUUAUAUUUUGAUUUGUGAAAUUUUUGUUCUCCUAUUUUAUCUAUUCAUUAUAUUUAUCCUAUCAGAUACCCUUAUUAAUAAAUUCACAAGAGUUUUUAAGUCACUUUGGUUCUUUUGUUUAAGGCUGAACAUGUCAUUUGUCAAAAAAAUAGAAUUUUCAUUUUCAUCGAAUGUUAACAAUCAGAAUUACUAAAUAGUGAAAAUUUAAUUUUUUUUAAUAUUUGAGAGAAUUAGAAUUUUUCAAUGGUUUACAAUAUGGAGAUUUGACUCCAACUAUCCAAACAAGUACUAUAUUUUGAACACCUGGGACAAGGGUUGCCGCGUCACACCUUUCCGCUGUUUCUCAAAAGGUUGUUUGCCUUAAUUCAUCAGCCUCAACUGAUUAUGGCUGUGGUAGCAGUGCUUUGGAGAGUUUGGAAGUCACGUAAUUGGGUGGCUUUCGAAGGCAAGCAGUUUGAUUUUCCUGCCUUGAUGCGUCAGUUCCAUCAGCAAUGUGAGGAGUGGAAACGGGUGCCAGCUGACAAGAAUGAGGUACGACGGCACUCUAUUGUCCAUCCUCCAGAGGGGCUGGAGGGCUCCUCGCUGGUGUGUAUGUGGGAUGGAGCUACAAGGGCAGGGUCUCACUCUGCAGGCGGCAUGGUGCUUCUUGAUUCCAAUAUGGGGGUCUUCCGGGUGGAAGGGGUCCAGUUUCAGGCUAUUGAUGAUCCUCUGGUGGUGGAAGCACUCGUUCUCAGGGAGGCUCUCUUAUGGUGUGUGGCCAAUGGGUUCCAAGAGGUGCGAUUUGAAGGCGAUGCCAAGGUCAUCAUCGACAAACGUAAUCAAGCUGAGAUUAGAGAUAGUAGGAUUGGGGUGAUCUUGGAAGAAAUCUGGCACUGUUUGGAGAGUCAUCCGGGGUUUAGUGUGCGAUUUGUAGGUCGGAGGAACAAUCGUGUAGCCCAUGUUGUGGCUAGAAAGGCCCUUUCUUUGUACCCGUCCACGUCUCGCUCGUUUAAUUUUCAGGCCUGGCUGUUUUCCAGGGUGUAACUGUGUAUUCUUUCAAUCAAUAUAUGAUUAUAUUUUGUCAAAAAAAAAAAAACUAAAACUUGUCAAAUUAGUUGCAACAACAAUCUGUUACUAGCUAGCAACCAUUUUGAUUUGAAGGCAACGUUAUACCAAACGAAUUAAAGCGUGAUUAUCCCUUUGCACCAAACUGUCCUAUUACAAGGGCGAUGCACAUCAAUUAUUUAGUUAAUAUUCUACCCAAAAAAUUAUUUAGGUCAUA